CUUGCAACUGCGACCCGGUGGGCUCGGUGCGCGACGACUGUGAACAGAUGACAGGACUGUGCUCUUGUAAGACUGGCAUCACCGGCAUGAAAUGCAACCAGUGUCCCAAUGGAAGCAAGCUGGGGAUGAGCGGCUGCGAGAAAGAUCCCUCCGCGCCAAAGUCCUGCCAAGAGAUGAGCUGCGAGUUUGGGGCGUCAUGCGUGGAGGUCAAUGGCUUUGCCCACUGCGAGUGCCCGUCCCUGCUGUGCGUGGAGGCCAACAUGACCAAGGUCUGUGGCUCUGAUGGAGUAACCUAUGGCGACCAGUGCCAGCUGAAGACCAUUGCAUGCCGGCAGGGGCAGGUCAUCCAGGUGAAGCACAUUGGGCCGUGCCAAGAAUCCAUCACCCACGUGAGUCACACGGUGCCCCCUGCCCCACUGCCCACGCUGCCCCUGGCCAGGCUCCUCCCCCCGCCACCUUUUUAAGGCUCACCACCCCGGCUCCCGGCCCGGCGGAGACGACCACAGGUUCCCCGCUGUUCGAAGCAAGGCCCAUUCCCAGGAGCCAGCCUGUGACUCGGCGAGUGACCACGGCCCGGCCGACCACCACCCCCUGGACCACCCAGGGGAUCCGCAAGACCACCGUCCGCCCCAUCUCCACUGCUCCUGUGGUCCUGGCCACCCCCCCGCCCGCAUACUCGGAGUCUGGCAGUGCAGAAGGCAGCGGGGACCCAGAACUGGGCAUCAGCGGGGACCAGGAAGCCAGUGGGGCUGGCUCUGCCGGAGACGAGGAGCCGGAGGAGAGCCAAGUGACAUCCACCCCAGCCAUAGAAAGAGCCACGUGUUACAACGCCCCUCUGGGAUGCUGCUCUGACGGCAAGACAGCGGCUGUCGAUGCAGAGGGAAGCAACUGCCCUGCCACCAAGGUCUUCCAGGGGGUCCUCAUCUUGGAGGAGGUGGAGGGCCAGGAGCUGUUCUACACGCCCGAGAUGGCCGACCCCAAAUCGGAGCUCUUUGGAGAAACAGCCAGGAGCAUCGAGAGCGCGCUGGACGAGCUGUUCCGGAACUCCGACGUGAAGAAGGAUUUCAAGAGCAUCCGUGUGCGAGACCUGGGCCAGAGCAGCGCCGUCCGCGUCAUCGUGGAGUCCCAUUUUGACCCCGCCACCUCCUACACAGCGGCCGACGUGCAGAAGGCCCUGCUCAAGCAGAUCAAGGCCUCCAAGAAGAGGCCCAUCCUUGUGAAGAAGCCUCCGCAGGACCACAUCAAAUUCAUGGACUUUGACUGGAUCCCCAGACUCUUCACCACCACCGCCACCACCACCACUGCCACCACCAUGGCUCCUACCACCACCUGGCGGCUGGCUGCCCCCACGGCUGCCCACGUCCUGCCCCCGGAGGCCAUGGAGAGGCCCAGUACCAAGAUGGGAGGGCCCGCCACCACCAGGAGGCCCGCCACCACCGUGCCGGCCACCACCCGGAGGAAGCCCACGCGCCUAGUCUCCGCCACCAAGAAGCCAGCCCGGCCCUGUGACUCCCACCCCUGCCUGCACGGUGGCACCUGCGAGGACGACGGGAAGGAGUUCGCCUGCAGCUGCCCUGCGGGGAAAGGGGGCGCGGUCUGUGAGAAAUCCAUCAGGUACUUCAUCCCCAGCUUCGGCGGGAAGUCGUACCUAGCCUUCAAGAUGAUGAAGGCCUACCACACGGUGCGCAUCGCCAUGGAGUUCCGGGCCUCCGAGCUCAGCGGGCUGCUGCUCUACAACGGGCAGAACCGGGGCAAAGACUUCAUCUCCCUGGCGCUGGUCAGCGGCUUCGUGGAGCUCAGGUUCAACACGGGAUCGGGCACAGGCAUCCUCACCAGCAAGGUGCGGGUGGAGCCGGGCAAGUGGCACCAGCUGGUGGUGAACCGGAACCGGCGGAACGGCAUGCUGUCGGUGGACGGGGAGCCCCACGUGAACGGGGAGAGCCCGAGCGGCACCGACGGGCUGAACCUGGACACGGAUCUGUUCGUCGGAGGGGUGCCGGAAGACCAGACGGCCAUGGUGGCGGAUCGCACAUCGGCCACGGCCGGGCUCAAGGGCUGCAUCCGCCUGCUGGACGUGAACAACCAGAUGUACGACCUGCGGGAGAAGGGCAGCGACGUGCUGUACGGCAGCGGGGUGGGCGAGUGCGGCAACAACCCCUGCCACCCCAACCCCUGCCACCACGGCGCCCUGUGCCACAGCAAGGAGGCCGAGAUGUUCCACUGCGAGUGUCUCAACGGCUACACGGGUCCGACCUGCGCCGACGAGAAGAACCCGUGCGACCCCAACCCGUGCCAUGUCUCCGCCACGUGCCUGGUGCUGCCUGAGGGAGGCGCCAAGUGCGAGUGCCCCAUGGGGCGGGAAGGGGAGUUCUGCGAGGCAGUGACGGAGCAGGACCAGACCCGGCCGUUCCUCCCGGAGUUCAACGGCUUCUCCUACCUGGAGCUGAGGGGGCUGCAGACCUUCGUGCCUGAGCUGCAGGACAAGAUGUCCAUGGAGGUCGUGUUCCUGGCCAGGAAUCCCAGCGGCAUGAUCUUCUACAACGGGCAGAAGACAGACGGCAAAGGGGACUUCAUCUCUCUGGCCUUGCACGAUGGCUACCUGGAGUACAGAUACGACUUGGGCAAAGGGGCAGCUGUGCUCAAGAGCAAGGAGCCAGUCCCGCUGAACACCUGGACUAGUGUGUCGCUGGAGCGGAACGGGCGCAAGGGGGUGAUGCGGAUUAACAACGGCGAGAGGGUGAUGGGAGAGUCACCGAAAUCCCGUAAGGUUCCUCACACCUUCCUGAACCUGAAGGAGCCGCUGUACGUGGGGGGAACGCCCGACUUCAGCAAGCUGGCUCGUGCCGCGGCCAUCUCCACCAGCUUCGACGGAGCCAUGCAGAGGAUCUCCAUUAAGGGGGUCCCGGUGCUGAAGGAAGAAAACAUCCGCAGAGCCAUCGAGAUCUCUACCUUCCGCUCCCACCCCUGCUCCCAGAAACCCCAGCCCUGCCAGAACGGAGGCCGGUGCCACCCCCGGCUGGAGGGCUACGAGUGUGCCUGCCAGAGGGGCUUCUCCGGGGUGAGCUGGAGGGAAGCAGGGGUGGUGAUCAUUGAGAAGGCGGCUGGCAACUCGGAGGCCGUUGCUUUUGAUGGCAGGACCUACAUGGAGUACCACAAUGCCGUGACCAAGAGUGAGAAGGCCUUGCAGGAGAACCACUUUGAACUGAGCCUCAAGACGGAAGCCACCCAGGGGCUGGUCCUGUGGAGCGGGAAGGGGCUGGAGCGGUCGGAUUACAUCGCCCUGGCCAUCGUGGACGGUCACAUGCAGAUGUCCUACGACCUUGGCUCCAAGCCAGUGGUCCUGCGAUCCACGGUGCCCGUCAACACGAACCAGUGGAUCCAAAUCAAAGCGUACAGAGUACACAGAGAAGGCUCCUUGCAGGUUGGCAACGAAGCUCCCAUAACUGGUUCUUCCCCUCUUGGAGCAACCCAGCUAGACACCGAUGGAGCCCUUUGGCUGGGGGGAAUAGAGAAGCUCAGCGUAGCUCACAAGCUGCCCAAGGCCUACAGCACCGGCUUCAUUGGCUGCAUAAGGGACGUGAUAGUCGACCGCCAAGAACUGCAUCUGGUGGAGGACGCUUUAAACAACCCGACGAUAUUACACUGCUCAGCCAAAUAAACCCCUGGGGGAGCUUCCUUCCCCCUCCCCCUCCUGCCUAUUGCUGUAAUUAUUUUCUAUUUUUGUAAACUUAUUGCUUUUUAUAUUUUGGGGGGGGGGAUGAGGGAGAAAGGGGGAGGAGACACCUUUUUUUGUUGGUUUUUGGUUGGUUGGUUGGUUGCAGUGUCUCCACGUCAGUCGAACUCUGAGCUGCAGGAACACGGAACGCGCCCUGAACCACAUCUCCAGGAAGUGACUGAGAAACAAACCCCGCCUAGCCUCCUUCAUUGUAAAUGUCAUUCAUACUUGAAGCCGCUCCCCCCUCUACCCCAGUUUUAUUUUUAGUUUUUUGGUUGGGUCUUGUUCACACUCACGAGGGGGAGGAAAACACCAAGGAUCAUGGCACUGGCAAGAUCUGUGGCCUGUGGGGAAUUGGCGUUUGGCAAUCUCAGGCCUUGUCCACCCGCCACUUCCUUCAGUCCCGGCUGAGCAGAGGAGCCGCCAUUCAGGGGAGGGGGACAUCCCGCUGUGUUUGGGCCAAGAUCUACCAAGUCUUGUCCAGACUUCGUAUCCGCCCCGUUCUUCCCUCUCUGCGAGUGACAUCAGCGUGCGAGGAUCUCCAGUGUUUUCUUUGUGAACGCCACUUGCUGGAAGAUAAGACCAAGGUUGGCUCGUAGCAGGUUGGGAGGCAUCGCUCUGGGCCUCCUUGACUCCUCACUGGACUGAAGUUGGUUUUUUGUUUUUUUUUUUAAAUCAAUUUGGCUGCAGAGGGGUGGCAGCGUCUUUGUGCGUUAAUCACACGCCCGCCUGGAUGCGCGCAGAAGCAGCUGGGAAACGUAUUUCCAGGCUUUAUUUUUAUCCAGACAUGUCCCAACCGCCCCCUUGGCCUUGCUGUGCUUUCCAAGAGUCUUUGCUGUUUACCAAAACCUGCCCUUUCUUGUGCCAGUGGGAACGUUGCAAAGUAUGCUGGAUGCCGGGCGCUCAAGCCCACGAAGCUCGCCCGCUCCCAGUCAGUUGACAAGAUUUAAAGGCACAGUAGGAGGCCCUUUUCCUCUGUCAUCCAUUUGAAGCAUCCAUGUCCUCUAUUUACAGGCAUGAUGCUUUCGGACCAGCUGUCCUAAGGAUUUCUGCUUACACGCCUUGAAAGCUAAUGGGUGUUUGGCCACUGACUUCAUAUUUGUACAACAGCCAGCAUAACCGGGGAACCUGGCCAAUGCCCCUAGACACAACCAUGACACAAACCGUAACUUCAGUGGGGAACAAGAUAAGGCCCAGACUAUAUCGGCCACAGACGGUGCAGCAGGUUUUUUCUUUUAAAGUUAUUUUUGUUUUCCACAAUGCAAAUCAUUCCUUGUAAAAAUUUGUCCGAUGCAAAUACUGUAAUGCCAGCUCCAAACCCAGUGUGCGUAUGUGUGUCUACUUACAUGUAUACGUUUGUAUGCAAAUGCCGAUUCUGUCGUAAGGGAAAAAAGCCCCCGGGCUUAA